AUGCCGCAGUCAGAAGAAGACACCUCGUUUACCUUUCUCCCGUUCGGCGCCAUCAUCCAAGAGUUUCGUGUUGCGGGCCAGAACAUCGUCCUCGGCCUUCCCGAUGAAGAUGCGUAUAGGAAGUACAACGAGCCGUACUUUGGCUGCACCAUCGGCCGGACCACGAAUAGGCUGAGAGACAGUGUCCUCAAGAAUGUGAACGGUAAAUCAUAUGUCAUCACCACGAAGGAGGGCCCAAAUUCCUUACAUGGAGGAAAAGCUGGGUGGGACUCUCGAGUUUUCCGUGGGCCCAAACCUGUGAAUAGGAAUGGCUGGGAAGGCGUGGAGUUUAGAUAUCUCAGCACGCAUGGAGAAGAAGGCUAUCCUGGCACAGUGGAACUGAGAGUCUGGUAUUCAGCUGGAAAGAAAGCUGACGACUCUGGCCGUGAGAAGACGGCGCUUGAGGUCGAGUAUGAAGUGGAAUUUAUCGGGGCCGAGUGCGAGGAAACAGUCGUUGGAGUUACCAACCACAGUUACUUCAACCUGAGUGGUGCUCCGACGAUCGAUGGUACGGAAGCUGUAUUGUCGACUGAUAAAUAUCUCCCAACAGACUCAACCGGGAUUCCCCUGGGUAAGAUUGAAUCAUACGGCCCGUUAAGGGUCACAGAGCCCUUCUUGAUCGACAAAAGCUGCCCUGAUAUCGACAGCUGUUUUGUUAUGGAUACGGAUCCAAAAUCUAUACCUCUUGAUACCAGAUCUAGAGAGCCGAAGCUACUGGCCUCGUUUAAACAUGCGGAAUCAAAAAUGCAUCUGGAAGUCCUCAGUACAGAGCCGGCCUUCCAGUUCUAUACUGGCAAGUACAUUGACGUUCCCGCCGUGGAUUCGUUUCCAGCUCGCGGGCCUCGAUCGGGAUUUUGCGUCGAGCCUAGCAGAUAUGUGAAUGCCCCGAAUGAGCCAGAGUGGCGGGACAUGUGUCUGUUGAAAAGGGGCCAGAUAUGGGGUGCAAGAACUGUUUAUCGAUCGUGGAAAGAGUGA